GGCGGAGGGGGGUUGAGACGUGAAUUUGUCGUUGUUAGUACAGCAAUUAAACUUGACUUUUUCCAGCGAAACAGGCGGCUACAAUGCCUCGGAGCAACGAGGCCGAAAGGCAGCCGCUUAUCGUCCCUUCUAAUGGUGAAACACUUACUCGGCCAGUACACAGCCGAGUGUACAAGAGAAGAUGGCUGGUUCUGAUACUGUUCUGCUUGCUGGGACUACUACAGGGGAUGGUGUGGAACUUCUGGGGUCCCAUCCAGGUCUCGGCCGGUCACGCUUACGGCUUCACCAAGGCAGACAUCGCGGUUCUGGUGCUGUGGAGCCCGCUGGGUUUCCUUCCCUUCUUCCUGUUUAUGUGGUUAAUGGAUAAAAAAGGUCUACGGUCAUCCCUCCUCCUCUCCGGGUUCUUCAUGCUGUUUGGAGCGGUUCUGAGGUCCAUCCCAAUUUCAGAGCCGCAACUCAGACGAUGGUUCAUUCAUGGAGGUCAGUUUAUGAACGGUUUAGCGGGCCCUACCAUAAUGAGCGCCGGCCCCUUCCUCUCCACCACGUGGUUCGCCCCCGACCAGAGAGCCACUGCGACCGCCGUGGCCUCGCUCUUCGCUCACCUCGGAGGCGCCGCUUCCUUCGUGAUCGGACCUCUGAUCGUGCCGUCCCCCAAUGAAACGGACUCGGGAACCAUACUAGAGGAGCCACUUCCAGACAGCACCAUCCGGUCCCGGAUCCAGCUGGUUAUGUAUACAGAGUUGGCUGCAAUAGCCUUGGUGUAUGCAACAGUUGUGCUCUAUUUCCCGUCGCGCCCACCGAUACCUCCCAGUGUGGCCGCUGCAAGCCAGAGACUCAACUACAGGAACAGCAUGUACAGACUUUUCAGAAACUACCGGUUCCUGAUGUUAGCGCUGGCCUAUGCGGUCCCCAUGGGCGUGCUGUCCGGCUGGGCGGGAGUCCUCGACAUGUUGCUCACGCCAGCUAAAGUCAACCAGGUGGACGCAGGUUGGAUUGGAUUCUGGUCAAGUGUUGGUGGAUGUGUGUUUGGAGUAGCAAUGGCCAGGUUCGCAGACUCUAUCCGGGGGAUGCUGAAACUGAUCCUUGUGCUGUUGAUGGCUGGAGCCUCACUGUCCUCUACCUGGUUCACUCUCACCUGUCUGUGCAGAGUUACUCACCUCCCCUCCACUGCAGCCAUCCUCUACACCUCCUGCAUCCUGGUGGGCAUUUUCAUGAACAGCAGCGUGCCGAUAUUCUUCGAGCUCUUCAUCGAGACCGUGUACCCGGUCCCUGAAGGCAUCACCUGCGGAGUGGUCACUUUCCUAGCCAACCUGUUCUGCGGCCUGCUCCUUUUCUUCCUCACCUUUUACAGCACAGACCCGACGUGGGUGAACUGGUGUCUCGCCAGCUCGUGUGUCUUCAGCCUCAUCGUCAUCCUCUUCUUCAGGGAGUCCUACGACCGUCUCUACCUGGACGUCUUCGUCUCCGUGUGAUGCUGCUAACAGAAAAAAAACAAAAAUGAUGCAAACACGACGACUUGAUAACACUGGACUGAGUUGUAACUAUUCUUGCACAAAGUCGAGGAGAAAAGGGAGAAGAAAGGAAAGUGGAAGGGCCACUUCCUUUUGAAGGUGUAAGAUUUUAGGAUCUUUAUGUACAUAUUUCAAGUGGUGGUGAUGGAUAGCUUGUUCUGUGGCUGCCGAGAAGAACCAAGACUUGAUUUGACAACGAUGUUUACUCCAAUGGUCGAUCGGCUCGAUGCCACAUGACUGCACAACACUGUCACUACCUGAUUUCAUUUGUCUGUCAUUGUUUGUUUGUAAACAAGUGUUGUGAACGGUUUGAUUUCCUAACCAGACGCAGCAUGACGGACUGUUAGUAGUUACUGUUUACAGAUGAUUUAAUAUUUAAGGUUCUUAGUGUCGACCCCCUUUAUCGCUGCUCGUGUUGACUUACUGUGAUCGUGUUUUAAAUAACUGACUCAAAGCUGUACUGACUCCAGCUCCGCAGGGAGUGUCGCCCCAUAACAAGGAAGCCUAAAGGACAGCUUCUUCAGCCAAUCAGCGGGCCUGGCUGAGCUGAGGCGGGGCUUAACGACGGCGUGUUAGUGCCGAGGCUGAGACACAGGUACUUCUAAUCUGAUAUAACACCACCACGAACCUUAUGCAAAAACGAUCCUCCACAUUGAUGAUUGGAUGUGGGCCAGACAUGUUGGCUGGGAUUUGAUGAUGAAUCUGAUCGUUUUUUGUUUUUUUUGUUAUGAUCAAAGAACUGUUCAUGUGCAAGAAGCUGAGCUGUUGCCCUCUCGGAUUUAAGAGGGCGUUCAGCCUAUUUAUGAUUAAUUGUGUCAAAUUGCAGACGAUUUUCUUUUUAAUCAAACCUUAAUGAUGUUUUGUUUCAUUUUUUACUGUUUUUAAAUCUGUUUUCCUCAGCGGCCUGCCAGUAUUUAUUGGAUACGUCUCUACACUAACAUAUUUAACACUUAUUUUCACCGGAAAACGAUGUUUAGUGACGGUUUUCCGCCGCCGCAGAGGCACACCUAGGGAGAUCAUUUUAUUCUACAGGCAUUAGGAUUAUGUUACGUUGUACUGUCAAAGGCUGCUCCUCCUCCAAACCACCAGCAGGGGUCUCUGCGCCAACUUGAAAGUUUACUGACAAAAAACCUGACAGAAAAUGGAAAGGCGGUUGGAGUUUCUUGGAUUCCUUUACUGACGAAACUGAAGAUCUGAUAAAACAAAAAGCCUCAGAUCUGGAGGGACUAAAUCACAAAAAAAAAAAAAAAAACAUAAAGGCAAAUGAAAAACACUUGAAGACAGAUUUGUUGUUUGACUUGUCGAUGUUUUUUCUGCGUCUUUGUCCUGCACAGUGUUGUAAUGUGUUUCCCUCUGGGGUUGGAGAUGUUUUCUCUUAUUUUUUACUCUCCUUGUACAGAAAAAAAAAAAAAAAGGUUGUCUUUUACCUUUCGACAUGUUGCCUUAAUUGCCCGGUGCAGUGCGUUCAACCUCCCUCUCCUCCACACUGUGACUACUUUGUCAGUGUAUGUUGUUAAAGGUCAUGUUCUCCCCUUCUGCAGCACACACUCUGUGGCUUUACCAUGGCUUUGGGUUUUAAAUGUCUUUGUUCUGUGGUAAGGAUGAAGAGCAAAUGUGACUGUUUUAAAUUUUUCCAGCACCUUAUUAAAAACAAACAUUUUAAGAAUAA